ACACUCUGUAACAAAACAAGGAUCAGUAAGGAACGAUCCAUCUUUCUGCAGAAGUCAUGGAAGGACGGUUAUCAGCCCACCAACCUUUCCUGCCAAAACAUUCAGAAACCAGUAGAAAUGAUGAAAUGAAUCAGGAUAAGAAACUACAGAGGAAGGAUGAGACAAAUGAUCAGGCUUUACAAGACCAAGACAUGAUGAGAAGAGAGGGCCUGGACAGAAGGAAUAUCUGGGAGCCGAGUGUUUUCUAUGCCCUAGGAAAGGAGUCGUUUAAUUUUGCAGGUCAUGAAAUCAACAUCCGGGAAUCUAUGGACUCAUAUGGAGCACUGAUUUGGCCCGGGGGAAUAGCACUGAGUCAGUUCUUGGAAAACAACCAGCAACAAAUAAACCUAAUGGACAAAGCAGUGCUGGAGCUUGGAGCUGGAACUGGCUUAGUUUCCAUAGUGGCAAGCUUGUUAGGUGCUUGGGUGACAGCUACUGAUCUACCAGACAUUUUGUCUAAUCUGUCCUUCAACCUUCGGCAGAAUACCAAAGGUCGAUCCCGCUACAUCCCUCAGGUGGCUGCCCUCUCCUGGGGUCAAGGCCUAGAAAGAAACUUCCCAUUCCCAUCCUACCACUACGAUUACGUGCUUGCAGCCGAUGUGGUGUAUCACCAUAACUUCCUAGAGGAACUACUGAACACUAUGCUCCACUUCUGCAGGCCGGGCAGCGGGACGACCCUGCUUUGGGCGAACAAAAUUAGAUUCCAGUCAGAUCUACAGUUCAUAGAGUGUUUUAAAAGUCGUUUUAACACGACACUGCUUGCUGAGCUGCCGCAGGAGAAUGUGUGGAUAUUCAAGGCCACAUCAAGGGAGUAAAGAAAUAAGAUCUAUGGUCUGUUACAACUUCCCUACAUUUAAGUUUUGUUUUCUUUUGAUGCUUUAAAUCAAGAAAGAAGAAAAAAAAAUGCUAAACCUGCCAGUAAUAUUAGAUAAAAUUAAACCAAAUGUCCCUGAAUGACUAAAACCCAUGAAAGAGGACACAGAUACGUUCCAAGCACCCUUCCAGUUUUAAUAUGUGAUUGCAUAACAUUCCUUGAUGGGGUACAAAUAUUAGUUAAUGCAAAAGCGAAGUUCCUGACACAAUUUUUCAUAUGAAUAAUCUUUUUUAUUUGAAACUUUAAACAUUUCCUAC